AUGGAAUCAUUCAUCACAAAUCUUAGACUAUCUGCUGGUAUUCACAAAUGUGAAAUUAAACCCUUCAAAGUAAACGAAGGUGAUUACGUUGGAUUCAAGUUUACCGAAAAUGCUGGUGGUCCAUUCAGCAUUGAACGUGCCAGCUAUUAUGUUGAACAUCAUGUUGAUGAGAAUAUAGAAAUAGAAGAAAUAAUGCAUUUUACUCCAUGUACCAAUCAUGGCAUCACAGUGACCUUUACUGUGAAUCAUAACGAAAAAAGAGACAAACCAAUUGAGAAGAAUAAUUUUGUUCGUUCGAAUAUGGAGAUGAAUAAAAUAAACAAUGAGGAAAAGGGAGCAACAGCAACUUCUAUCCAUGAUUACCUUUCAACACCAUCCGACGAUAACAAACCAUUGAUUACAGAUAAAAGGCAAAGAUUAUCUAUUGCCGUUUCAUUUAGACAAGAUCUUACUAAUCUGACUCCAUUCCAGCAGCGUGAUAACAUGUUACGUGAAAACACCAUUACUCAAGACUAUUGGCAAGUUCUUAUAGAGAAAAUUAUGAGAGAAGAACGAGACGAGCCAAAUCGCGAGAAAAAAGUUCGAUUCAAACACGAACAUGGUUCAGUUAAAUUGCAGAAACAACAAGAAAAACUCAUCGAGCUACUUGAAAAGUCUAUUAAUAAAAAUCAAGAUAUGUCACAAAGGGAUAGUUUUAACUCAUCGUAUGAUAAUUAUUCUGUGUCGUGA